AUGGGGCUGCUGGCUCAAGCAAGCGAAGACGUCCUCGUCUCCAUGCUGGAUGCCCGGCGAGUCAUGAACAGCAAGACAAUGCUCCGGCCAGGAUUGGAGGGGGGCGGCGAGAAGGGGGGCGGAGGCGAGCAGCUCUCGAGGAGUGAGGGCGUGGGAGAGAGCACGGGAAAGUUGACGGAGGUGGACACCGGCGAGGAGGGACGCAUGGGGAAUGGUGGGUCGAUCGGUCCGUCUGAGCGGGGCGUUCCGCUCGGGCUUGUGGCGCGUCUUGCGACGCGCGACGACCUCGACUCAGCUUUGCGCGAGAUGGAGCCGCCUCUCUUGCGACCCGACAUGCCGCGCUGCCACGCCAAGGACCUCCGAGUACCCCAGACUUUCAAAGAGGCAAAGCAGAGCGAGCACAGCGAGAAGAUCAUGGAUGCGGCCAAGCGUGAGAUGCGUUCGGCUUUCCUACAAAGGCCAAGGCUAGACUUGUUGNCAGCUUCAUCUAGAGUUCGUAUGUUGGCAACUUUGGCGUGUGAGCUUGACUUGGAGUUCUGUCACUUCGAUAUCGACCAGGCUUUUGUGAGGGCCCCUCUCAAGCAAGAUAUUUUCAUGCGACUGCCGGAAGGAUGUGGUGCGUUUUCGGGGAAGAUGGUGCAGUUGAACAAGAGUCUUUAUGGCUUGAGGCAGGCAUCUAGGCAGUGGUACGCGUUACUGACGAAGUGCCUUUUGGCUUUGGGGUUCGAGCAGUGCAUGGCUGAUUCGUGUGUUUUUCGUUUCGUCGAAGGGGGGGAAGAAGUGUUGCUUCUUGUAGUGCACGUAGACGAUAUUUUUGCAGUGGGAACGAAGGAGAGGCUGACGAUUUCACAGCAGACAUACACCGAAGAGUUGGGAGGGAUAUAUGGUGUCGAGUUGGGGGGGGGCAUUCCUUUGCCCACCUGGAGACUUUGGGACUUCGACUUGGACGAGUCGAGCGUAGAGUACCCUUUUCGCGCGCUGGUUGGUUCGCUGCUGUGGAUUGCCUUGUUGAUUAGGCCGGAUAUCGCGAAUUCGGGGAGAGCAGUGGCGAGGCAGAAUACGAUGGCGGACAUGGGGAAGGAGAUUUUGUUUUUGAGGCAAGUUUGGCGUUUCAUGUUGCCUAAGGAGUUGCGGCCGUGCAUUCCCCUGUAUGAGGAUAACGAAGGGGCUAUCCAGAUCGCAAAACACCCGAUCUCGAAUUCCAACUCGAAGCACAUCGACGUGCGGCAUCACUUCCUCAGGCAGCUCGUAGAUGAGAAGGAGGUAGAGAUCAUCCACGUAGCGUCGAAGUAUCAGCAUGCCGACUUCCUCACGAAGGCGCUACCUGAGAGAGAGUUUGUUUCCCACCGGGACUACGUGAUGAACUUGAAGUGA